ACCCUUUCAGUUGGCUAAAUAGUUUUAAAACAACUUAUUUAUUGGCAGAUUGGGUCCAGGUUAAUGCACGUUACAUCGUACAUUGCGGUUAGGUGAUCAGGAAAAUUGCAAGGUUAAGCUUCGGCACGUCGUUUCAGGGUUGAAGUCUAACAUGACUUAGCUAGCUACUCCCAUCAAGCUAACUGACCCUGUGAGAUCUGGAAAGUUUUAUGUUGUGUUCAGUCUGUGCAUCAGUUGGAUCAGUCAACAUACAAGUUUGUAACAACGCUUCUGGAGUUAGAUUGAGUAAUGUUAGCUAGGUGUUAGCUGAGCACGACGUGUGUAACGUUAUGACAAGUGUAGCUCCAAUGCGUCCCAGGCUAGGCUAGCUAGCUAUGCUGAUACACCAUCUGACUAGGGCUCUGUUCACAUCCGGACGACCGUUAACGUUACGGUUCCAGAUACACAGGGGGUUUAGCGUUACCGGGCAGAAGCGGACAGACUCCCCGGGAGACAUGAUGCGGCGGACUCAGAUCAAACGGGUUCUCUGUGUGGCGGAGAAGAAUGACGCUGCCAAAGGCAUCGCGGAAAUCAUGUCCAACGGCAGAGCGAGGAGGAGUGAGGGGCUGUCGGUCUAUAAUAAACUGUACGAGUUUGAAUACCACCUGUUUGGACAGAAUGUGACGGUGUGUAUGACGUCAGUGUCAGGUCAUCUGCUGGGGCUGGAGUUCAAGGCACAGUUCCAGAAAUGGCACAGCUGUAAUCCUGUCCUGCUGUUUGAUGCCGAGGUGGAGAAGUAUUGUCCUGAGAACUUUGUUCAGAUCAAGCGGACCCUAGAGAGAGAGGUGAGACAGUGCCAGGCUCUAGUCAUCUGGACAGAUUGUGACAGGGAGGGAGAGAACAUCGGCUUUGAGGUGAUAGACGUCUGUAGAGCAGUCAAGCCCGGUGUGCAGGUGUUCCGUGCUCGGUUCUCUGAGAUCACUCCCAACUCUAUCAGGAGAGCAUGUGACACGUUAACGGAACCAGACGGUAACGUCAGUGAUGCUGUGGACGUACGUCAGGAGCUGGACCUCAGGAUAGGUGCGUCGUUUACCAGGUUCCAGACACUCCGCCUCCAGAAAAUCUUCCCCGCCUCGUUAGCCAAUCAGCUGAUCUCGUAUGGCAGCUGCCAGUUCCCUACGCUGGGAUUCGUCGUGGAACGUUUCAAAUCCAUCCAGGCGUUUAUACCGGAGACGUUCUACAAGAUCAGAGUCCUCCAUGAGGUAGAGGAGGAGUCAGUAGAGUUCGGCUGGAAGAGGAACAGACUGUUCAACCACACGGCCUGUUUAGUACUCUACCAGAUCUGUAUGGAGGUAGGAGGGGUGUCUGUCUAGUACUCUACCAGAUCUGUAUGGAGGUAGGAGGGGUGUCUGUCUAGUACUCUACCAGAUCUGUAUGGAGGUAGGAGGGGUGUCUGUCUGUCUAGUACUCUACCAGAUCUGUAUGGAGGUAGGAGGGGUGUCUGUCUAGUACUCUACCAGAUCUGUAUGGAGGUAGGAGGGGUGUCUGUCUAGUACUCUACCAGAUCUGUAUGGAGGUAGGAGGGGUGUCUGUCUGUCUAGUACUCUACCAGAUCUGUAUGGAGGUAGGAGGGGUGUCUGUCUAGUACUCUACCAGAUCUGUAUGGAGGUAGGAGGGGUGUCUGUCUAGUACUCUACCAGAUCUGUAUGGAGGUAGGAGGGGUGUCUGUCUAGUACUCUACCAGAUCUGUAUGGAGGUAGGAGGGGUGUCUGUCUGUCUAGUACUCUACCAGAUCUGUAUGGAGGUAGGAGGGGUGUCUGUCUGUCUAGUACUCUACCAGAUCUGUAUGGAGGUAGGAGGGGUGUCUGUCUGUCUAGUACUCUACCAGAUCUGUAUGGAGGUAGGAGGGGUGUCUGUCUGUCUAGUACUCUACCAGAUCUGUAUGGAGGUAGGAGGGGUGUCUGUCUAGUACUCUACCAGAUCUGUAUGGAGGUAGGAGGGGUGUCUGUCUGUCUAGUACUCUACCAGAUCUGUAUGGAGGUAGGAGGGGUGUCUGUCUAGUACUCUACCAGAUCUGUAUGGAGGUAGGAGGGGUGUCUGUCUAGUGGUCUACCAGAUCUGUAUGGAGGUAGGAGGGGUGUCUGUCUAGUACUCUACCAGAUCUGUAUGGAGGUAGGAGGGGUGUCUGUCUAGUGGUCUACCAGAUCUGUAUGGAGGUAGGAGGGGUGUCUGUCUAGUACUCUACCAGAUCUGUAUGGAGGUAGGAGGGGUGUCUGUCUAGUACUCUACCAGAUCUGUAUGGAGGUAGGAGGGGUGUCUGUCUGUCUAGUACUCUACCAGAUCUGUAUGGAGGUAGGAGGGGUGUCUGUCUGUCUAGUGGUCUACCAGAUCUGUAUGGAGGUAGGAGGGGUGUCUGUCUAGUACUCUACCAGAUCUGUAUGGAGGUAGGAGGGGUGUCUGUCUAGUACUCUACCAGAUCUGUAUGGAGGUAGGAGGGGUGUCUGUCUAGUGGUCUACCAGAUCUGUAUGGAGGUAGGAGGGGUGUCUGUCUAGUACUCUACCAGAUCUGUAUGGAGGUAGGAGGGGUGUCUGUCUAGUGGUCUACCAGAUCUGUAUGGAGGUAGGAGGGGUGUCUGUCUAGUGGUCUACCAGAUCUGUAUGGAGGUAGGAGGGGUGUCUGUCUAGUACUCUACCAGAUCUGUAUGGAGGUAGGAGGGGUGUCUGUCUAGUACUCUACCAGAUCUGUAUGGAGGUAGGAGGGGUGUCUGUCUGUCUAGUACUCUACCAGAUCUGUAUGGAGGUAGGAGGGGUGUCUGUCUAGUACUCUACCAGAUCUGUAUGGAGGUAGGAGGGGUGUCUGUCUAGUACUCUACCAGAUCUGUAUGGAGGUAGGAGGGGUGUCUGUCUGUCUAGUACUCUACCAGAUCUGUAUGGAGGUAGGAGGGGUGUCUGUCUAGUACUCUACCAGAUCUGUAUGGAGGUAGGAGGGGUGUCUGUCUAGUGGUCUACCAGAUCUGUAUGGAGGUAGGAGGGGUGUCUGUCUGUCUAGUACUCUACCAGAUCUGUAUGGAGGUAGGAGGGGUGUCUGUCUGUCUAGUACUCUACCAGAUCUGUAUGGAGGUAGGAGGGGUGUCUGUCUGUCUAGUACUCUACCAGAUCUGUAUGGAGGUAGGAGGGGUGUCUGUCUGUCUAGUGGUCUACCAGAUCUGUAUGGAGGUAGGAGGGGUGUCUGUCUAGUACUCUACCAGAUCUGUAUGGAGGUAGGAGGGGUGUCUGUCUGUCUAGUACUCUACCAGAUCUGUAUGGAGGUAGGAGGGGUGUCUGUCUGUCUAGUACUCUACCAGAUCUGUAUGGAGGUAGGAGGGGUGUCUGUCUAGUACUCUACCAGAUCUGUAUGGAGGUAGGAGGGGUGUCUGUCUAGUACUCUACCAGAUCUGUAUGGAGGUAGGAGGGGUGUCUGUCUAGUACUCUACCAGAUCUGUAUGGAGGUAGGAGGGGUGUCUGUCUGUCUAGUACUCUACCAGAUCUGUAUGGAGGUAGGAGGGGUGUCUGUCUAGUACUCUACCAGAUCUGUAUGGAGGUAGGAGGGGUGUCUGUCUAGUGGUCUACCAGAUCUGUAUGGAGGUAGGAGGGGUGUCUGUCUAGUACUCUACCAGAUCUGUAUGGAGGUAGGAGGGGUGUCUGUCUAGUGGUCUACCAGAUCUGUAUGGAGGUAGGAGGGGUGUCUGUCUAGUACUCUACCAGAUCUGUAUGGAGGUAGGAGGGGUGUCUGUCUAGUACUCUACCAGAUCUGUAUGGAGGUAGGAGGGGUGUCUGUCUGUCUAGUACUCUACCAGAUCUGUAUGGAGGUAGGAGGGGUGUCUGUCUGUCUAGUGGUCUACCAGAUCUGUAUGGAGGUAGGAGGGGUGUCUGUCUAGUACUCUACCAGAUCUGUAUGGAGGUAGGAGGGGUGUCUGUCUAGUACUCUACCAGAUCUGUAUGGAGGUAGGAGGGGUGUCUGUCUAGUGGUCUACCAGAUCUGUAUGGAGGUAGGAGGGGUGUCUGUCUAGUACUCUACCAGAUCUGUAUGGAGGUAGGAGGGGUGUCUGUCUAGUGGUCUACCAGAUCUGUAUGGAGGUAGGAGGGGUGUCUGUCUAGUGGUCUACCAGAUCUGUAUGGAGGUAGGAGGGGUGUCUGUCUAGUACUCUACCAGAUCUGUAUGGAGGUAGGAGGGGUGUCUGUCUAGUACUCUACCAGAUCUGUAUGGAGGUAGGAGGGGUGUCUGUCUGUCUAGUACUCUACCAGAUCUGUAUGGAGGUAGGAGGGGUGUCUGUCUAGUACUCUACCAGAUCUGUAUGGAGGUAGGAGGGGUGUCUGUCUAGUACUCUACCAGAUCUGUAUGGAGGUAGGAGGGGUGUCUGUCUGUCUAGUACUCUACCAGAUCUGUAUGGAGGUAGGAGGGGUGUCUGUCUAGUACUCUACCAGAUCUGUAUGGAGGUAGGAGGGGUGUCUGUCUGUCUAGUACUCUACCAGAUCUGUAUGGAGGUAGGAGGGGUGUCUGUCUGUCUAGUACUCUACCAGAUCUGUAUGGAGGUAGGAGGGGUGUCUGUCUAGUACUCUACCAGAUCUGUAUGGAGGUAGGAGGGGUGUCUGUCUGUCUAGUACUCUACCAGAUCUGUAUGGAGGUAGGAGGGGUGUCUGUCUGUCUAGUACUCUACCAGAUCUGUAUGGAGGUAGGAGGGGUGUCUGUCUGUCUAGUACUCUACCAGAUCUGUAUGGAGGUAGGAGGGGUGUCUGUCUGUCUAGUACUCUACCAGAUCUGUAUGGAGGUAGGAGGGGUGUCUGUCUAGUACUCUACCAGAUCUGUAUGGAGGUAGGAGGGGUGUCUGUCUGUCUAGUACUCUACCAGAUCUGUAUGGAGGUAGGAGGGGUGUCUGUCUAGUACUCUACCAGAUCUGUAUGGAGGUAGGAGGGGUGUCUGUCUAGUACUCUACCAGAUCUGUAUGGAGGUAGGAGGGGUGUCU